AACUCCAUUUUGUUUUUUAAUGAAUGUUGAGACUGAUUGUAUAGUCAAUCGUGUUCCGUGUUGUAUUUUACUGAUUUCGUGGUAACUUAUAGGUUAUUCUUACUUUAAUGGUUUUUUAAUUAGUAAUUUCAUUAUUAAUUCCUAUAACCUGUGGUGCACCGUUUAUUGAAAUAAUGAGUUCACGACAUAGAAGUCGUUCAAGAUCUCGAGAUCGGGAAAGGCAUAAAGAAAGAGAAAAGGGUAGGGAACGGGAUCGUGAAAAGGACAGGGAUCGAGAUCGCGACCGUGAUAGAGACCGCGACCGACAUCGCGAUCGUGAUCGUGAUCGAGACAGGGAUCGUGAUCGCGACCGUGACCGCGACAGGCAUCGUACUAAAAGGAGAAGUAAGGAGCGCGAUAGAAGUCGCAGCCGGGAAAGGCACAGAGAAAAGAAACGAAGCAGGAGUCGAUCUCGUAGUCGCAGUCGGGGCAAAAAAUCUAAAGACAGAGAUGGCACUAUUGCUUUACUGGACCAGAUGGUUGGCACCACAACCAAAGCAAUGUCUCGGCAGGUCACCACUAGCAGUAAUGUAAACCCAGCCACUCAAGCUGCUAUUUUAGCGGCUGCAGCUGUUGCACAGCACAAUUCAAUUGAACUACAGACGUUUGUGGCGCAGCGGCGAAUGGCGGCGCCGGUGCAGCCGGCGGCGGCGGCGGCUGCAGCCCUGUCUGCUGCUACUGCCAUACCACCACCCACCUCGGUGCAGCAAAAGCUAGAGCUGCUUCAAGCAAGAACUGAAUCCCGAUACAGAGACAAGCUGCCCCUGGAUCAUCACCCAGAUGAUGACAAGGAUGAUGGCCUUGAUGACUUGGACAUAGGCCCUGAGGGCGAAACGGCAGCUGAAAGGCGGGCGAGACGGCGUCGCACCCGAUGGAUGGGUUCCGAGCAUGACAAGACCUUUAUCCCAGGGUUGCCAACUGUAUUACCCUCAACGCUCACAAAGGAGCAGGAGGAGCAAUAUCUACUUCAGCUGCAGAUCGAGGAGGUGUCACGCAAGCUGCGCUCAGGAGACCUCGGCAUCCCGCACAACGUCGAAGAGAGGUCUCCGUCGCCUGAGCCGAUCUACUCGACGGAUGGCAAACGGCUGAACACAAGAGAGUACCGCACUCGACGCAAGUUGGAGGAGGAGAGGCAUAGAUUGGUCACUCGCAUGAACCAAAUCAACCCUGAGUUCAAACCGCCCCCAGAUUAUAAACCGCCCAUAAUUCGGGUGCACGACAAAGUUAUGAUCCCUCAAGAAGAGCAUCCCGACAUCAACUUUGUGGGAUUACUUAUUGGCCCGAGAGGAAAUACACUAAAAGCGAUGGAGAAGGAGACUGGCGCGAAGAUAAUCAUCCGGGGAAAGGGCUCCGUGAAAGAAGGCAAAGUGGGACGAAAGGACGGGCAGCCGCUUCCCGGGGAAGACGAGCCCUUACACGCGUACAUCACAGCGACCGCCGCCGACGCGGUAAAACGCGCCGUCGACAAGAUUAAAGAAGUUAUUCGCCAGGGAGUCGAAGUCCCAGAGGGGCAGAAUGACUUGCGACGCAUGCAACUGCGCGAGCUGGCGCAGCUCAACGGCACUCUACGCGAGAGCGACGGUCCCCGCUGCGCCAACUGCUCCGCCGUCGACCACAAGACCUGGCUGUGUCCGGACAAGCCGAACGUGACGGGCGCGAUCGUGUGCUCGUCGUGCGGUGGCGCCGGCCAUAUUGCCCGGGAUUGUCGCGCGAAGCGGCCGGGACAAGCGCCGCCACCUGCGGCUCGGGCCAAGAUCGACGAGGAGUACCUCUCGCUGAUGGCAGAGCUGGGCGAGGCACCGCCGCCGCCUCACAUGGGUGGGGGACGUCGACCGAACGCUCAACACGCUCAGCCCUCGCUCUUUCCGCCGUCGCCUUCUCACCCGCCUCGAGCGAUUAUGCCACCACCGCCAGGCAUGUACCCACCGCAUCCGCCGCCGCCGCAUCACGCGCCUUGGCUCGGUGCAGGUAGUCAGCCGCCUCCGCCGGGGAGUGCGCCCCCACCGCCUGCCUUCCCGCCGCCUCCGCAUCACGGACAGGGCGAUGGAUCAGGUCCUGGUGCUAUGCCGCCACCGCCACCUGGUAUGGUAGGAGGUCCCACCUGGCGUGGUGGGUUUCCACCCCCGCCCUGGGCCGCUCCACCGCCCCCAUUUUUGGCCCCUCCACCUCCACCGCCGCCCAUCUCAUCCUCAUAGGAUCUACGGCUGUGUGAAUCUACAUAAACUUUUUCUUUUAAAAGCCCUAUUUAUAAAUGUAAAAAAAUACUAUUUGUACUACAUAACUACAUUGACACAUAGAAAGAUUGGUUCUCAAAUUAACUUUUUUCUGAGUGUUUGUGUAAGAGUUUAUGUCUGUUCUUAGUUAUUCAUGAAAGCUAAGUCACAUUAAGAGAAACAUUCUUUUUAUCACAGCAUAUAUACAUGAUUUAAACAGAGUAUUUUAUUAAAACAGUGUAGAUUGACAUAGGUUUUUUGAAUAAGUAAGUAGGUAAGUUUAAGGGUUAGUAGAUACUACCCAUCUUAUCCUCAUAGACUCUAGAAAAAAAAUUUACUACUGGCAAUUUUGUACAAACUCUUGUUUUAAGAGUAAAAUCCUAUAGUUGGGUUUGCUUAGGUUAUAAUAAUGUGUGCAAAGUGAACUUAUCUCUUAUGUAUAAUUCUCUGAUUGAACUAGGUUUGUAGUUGAAGAGAUAUUCAAUUUUUUUGUAUAGUUAUUCUGUCCUAAAAUCAUUUGUAAACAGAAACUUCUGUUGAAAGUAUUAAAAGCAUUCUAUUUAA